AUCACGCCGCAGAUUCAACCAGAGACGACCAGUGCGCGACGGCAGCUCCGACGGAAGCUAAAGUAGAGAGCCAAGCAGAGGACGAGAUCAAGCAGAGGGUAGGAAAGGCCAAAACGCAAUUUUGCGACCCUCGGUUGCGUGCCUCAAUUUGCUACCACCCAUCCUCCAAGAGUUGCUUUGUCCGGCUCCCGACGUAUGUUGAAAUUUUUCAUUAUUAUUCUUCUUUUUGCGGCCCCCUAACUUCUCUCCACUGUGCCGUGAGAUGGAUAGCCCAAAGAUCCCUUCCUCCGGCACCUCACAACGUCGCAGGCUCACCAAGAAACCUCCGUCGGCCCAUCAUCACCAGCACCAGCACCCUCACCCUCACCACCACCAUCACCGCAGCCACUCCAGCUCCAUCCACAGCAUCAGUCUUGAUGGUCGUGUUGACGCCCCAUCUCUAGGAAGCAAACGCAGCUCGGCCAGCUUGAAGCGGACCCCCACUGCUGCAGCUGCUGCAACAGCAGCAAACGCGUCCCCCUCGUCCUCGCCACGCUUCCCCGCCGCACCUUUGUCGUCCGCUUUCUCACCCUCGGCCCGGUCGCACACCUCGCCCAUCCUUCCCGCCGGCAAGCCUACGGCGCUGUUUGCCCUGUCGCAGCCGCAUUCUCACCCCGUGCACGCACGCUCGGACGCGCCUCAAUUCACACAUCCCGGCCCAGCGAAUGCCCUUCAACCCCUCAGCACCAAGACUUCAGACGAACUAAUUGGCGCUCCCUUUGACGGCACAGCGAUUCUCAACCGCAUCGAGGCGCUCAAAACCCGCACGCAAAGCAGUGACAGCAGUAACUACAGCAGUAACCACAGCAGUAACAGGAGCAGUACCCUGACCCCGCCCCGUUCUGCCGUUCCUCAGUCGCCCGACGCGAACGACGGGACGCAGGCCAUGGGUCACUCGCCGCCGCCGCCGCUGCGACAGUCUGCGAGCUUUCCUGCCACCGAUCUGCCCAUUCUGAACGAAAAGCCCGGCACAUCCAAAAUGGAGGCUUCAACGGCACCUAAGCGCUACUCGGACGAAACCAAGGAGAGCAAGAUCCCCAGUGUGCUCAGGAAGAAGUCGGGCUUCUCCGGCUUCAUGAACAGCCUAGUGGGGUCGCCCAAGAAACCGUUGAUCUCUGCACCGGAGAAUCCAGUUCACGUAACACACGUCGGUUAUGACAGCUCAACCGGCCAAUUUACGGGACUGCCCAAAGAGUGGCAACGGUUAAUCAACGAAAGCGGCAUCACAGAAAAGGAUACGCGGGAGCAUCCGCAAAUCCUCGUUGAUGUUCUGACAUUCUACAAGGAAACCCAGGAAAAGCCCCAAGAAGACCAACAACUAGAAAAAUUCCAUGACGCGCGGGCGGCCGACUACCGCGCCAUAUCCGGCACCCCGUCAUCCUCAUCCACUCUCGUCUCCCCCGGGCUGAUGCCCUCGCCCUAUGGCGCGAUCUCCCCCUUGAUCAGCCCGCCUGCGAGUCCGAGGUUUCCAAACGUCACUCAUGAAGGCAGUUUCGAGAAUCCCCGCGCUCCCCCGCCAGUCCCGAAGGGUCCUUCCCUCCCGGUAAAGGACAUAAACCUAAUGCCCAGUCGACCCGCUCCCAAACCCCCAACAGUCCUAGCGUCGAGAGGGCAGCCACCAUAUCCCGCCAAGGAUUCGGGGAUUGGCAUGCCGCCGCUUGGUGAAGAUGGUUCACCUUCAUAUCUCCCGCCGAAAGACAGUGUGCCAAUGCUGCCAGAGGAGCACCGGUCAAGGUCGAAUUCACGAGCAACCGGCGCAUCGCCAUAUUUACCCUCACAGCCGUCCCCCUCUCUCCCCUCUCCAGCCAAUCAGACAGCGAUGUACCAACAGCAGUUAAUGCAGCAGCAGCAGGAGCAGGCAAUGGCCCAGGCGCAAGCUGCCAUGAGCGGCCAGCUAGGGCGGCAAACGAGCAAGCGCCAGCAACCGACUCCGCCAACCUCGCAGCACCAGCACGCGCAGCAAGGGGACGCAAACGGUCGGGUGCAACCAGCACAAACCAGGCUUGCACAACCGGGAUCGAGACCGCGGCACAGGCCACGGCAAAGCAACGGUGUUGACGUGGUGGCUGCCUUGAAGAGGAUAUGCUCCGAGGGCGAUCCGCGGGAGAUCUACCGCGGCUUCAACAUGAUCGGUCAAGGCGCGUCCGGGGGCGUGUAUACCGGGCACGAGAGGGGGACCAACAGGCUGGUGGCCAUUAAGCAAAUGAAUCUGGAGCAGCAACCAAAGAAGGACCUGAUAAUCAACGAGAUUCUGGUCAUGAAGGAGAGCUCACAUCCUAACAUUGUCAACUUUAUCGACAGCUACCUGUGUGGAGGAGAAUUGUGGGUAGUGAUGGAGUUCAUGGAGGGCGGAAGCUUGACCGAUGUGGUGACGUUUAACAUCAUGACUGAGGGUCAGAUUGCCUCCGUCUGCAGGGAAACACUCCGGGGCCUGCAGCACCUGCACUCGAAAGGUGUCAUUCACAGGGAUAUCAAGUCUGAUAAUAUCCUACUCAGCAUGGAGGGCAAUAUCAAGCUGACCGAUUUUGGUUUCUGUGCGACGAUCAACGAGGCGCAGAACAAGCGGACAACAAUGGUGGGAACACCGUACUGGAUGGCGCCCGAGGUGGUGACGCGCAAGGAGUACGGCCGCAAGGUGGAUAUCUGGUCACUGGGCAUCAUGGCCAUCGAAAUGAUUGAGGGCGAGCCUCCGUACCUGACCGAGUCACCGCUGCGCGCCCUCUGGCUGAUUGCUACCAACGGAACGCCGCAGAUCAAAAACGAGCAUGAACUGUCGGCCGUGUUCCGCGACUUUUUGUACUUUGCCCUCAAGGUGGACCCGGAGAAACGAGCAAGCGCCCAUGAUCUAUUGAGGCAUGAGUUCAUGAAGCAAUGCGUCGAGCUAUCAACAUUAGCGCCCCUGGUCCGAGCCGCGCGGGAAGCGAGAGCACAGGAAAAGGCCCGGAAGGGACAAUCAUGAAGCGGAUGCCUGUCACUUUGGUCCUUGGGGAUAUUGAUACUUCGACUAGACGGCCGAUCUAGCGAUAUUUGGUGUCUUCACUUAGCAACCCCCUUCAAAGGGCUGUUUG